GCUAUACUCUGAUUACGCGUGUCAUUUCUUCGAAUCAGAAACAAGCUCAGAAACAUAUAUAUUUUUUGUUGUUUUUUUCAGUCAAUAGUUGGACACUAUUUCGUGUAGACAUAAGAAAAAAUAACUUACAAUAACUAAUAAUAAAUAAUUGCUUAAGCGCGUGAACGGUAAACAGACCGGAAGUGACGUUUUGCCGCCAAAGUUGAAGUGUUGCUCAUACUGUGAACACCAUCGCUCGAGUGUAGACAGAAACGCAGCAAACUUUAAAAGACUGUUUAUUGUUUCAGAAUGUAUAAUACCAAGUUAGCUAAUGUGAUAUGAAUAUAAUUUGUCAGUCGUGCAUGUUCUACUUAAUCCACUUCCACUAGCCUGCAGAAAGUAACUACAUUUCUGGUAGGAACAGGAGGAACAUGAAUGGCCAUGGAGAAGGGAGAAGUUCCGGGAGAGGUGGAGGGGGUUCCUGGAGAGGUAAAGGAGGUUCUUGGAGAGGUGGAGGAGGUUCCUGGAGAGGUAAAGGAAAUUCUUGGAGAGGUGGAGGAGGUUCCUGGAGAGGUAAAGGAAGUUCUUGGAGAGGUGGAGGAGGUUCCUGGAGAGGUGGAGGAGGUUCUUCUAGUGGUUGCAAAAGUGCAGAGUCUGUUGGAGAUGGAAGAGCCUGGAGAGGUCAUACAUGGGGAAGAGGACAGGACACUUAUCCACCCAACAACACACAACGUGGUGGAGAGAUUGCUCUCCCAGUUCCUCAUGCAACCCAAGCAACACUUGAUAUAACUUGUCCUUACAAAGGAUGGAGGCUCUACUUUACAGAAGGUUUUAUUGAAUCUUCACCUUAUGUUGAGAAGAUACAGGCCUUUGAAAAAUACUUCAAUUCACAAAUAGAUCUUUAUGACAAGGAUGAAAUUGAAAGAAAAGGCAGCAUCUUGGUAGACUACAAAGACUUGAUUGUGAACAAACAGAUUUCUACAGCAUUACCUGAUCUUGCUAGUGAGCUUAAAGACAUGCCUGAAAAGAUACUUGACUGCUUGGGCCUCGCCAUUCAUCAGGUGUUGACAAAGGAUCUUGAAAAGCAUGCUGAUGAGAUCCAAGCCCAGGAAGGGCUUCCUGCAGGUGCAACCCCUAUUAUUAAUAUACCACACAUAAAUGCUAGGAUUUAUAACUAUGAGCCUCUCACCCAUUUAAAGAUGCUUAAAGCCAGUUUAUAUGGCAAGUUUGUGGCUAUUAGAGGAACUGUGGUGAGAGUAAGCAACAUCAAACCUAUAUGCAGCAAGAUGGCAUUCAUCUGUAAUUUGUGUGGUGACACUCAGAGUCUGGCUCUUCCUGAUGGGAAAUACACUGUACCCACGAAGUGUUUACAAAGAGAAUGUCGUGGAAGAUCUUUUACCCCAAACAGAAGUUCACCACUAACAGUGACGGUGGACUGGCAGAAUAUAAAGGUUCAGGAGCUGAUAUCAGAUGACCAGCGUGAAUCAGGACGUAUUCGGACCAUCGAGUGUGAACUUACGCAGGAUUUAGUGGACAGCUGCGUACCAGGGGACAUGGUCACCAUCUCAGGAGUUAUUAAAGUCUCUAAUGAGGAAGGGUUUGGAAGAAAUAAAAAGGACAAGUGCAUGUUUCUUUUAUACAUAGAAGCAAAAUCUAUCAGCAACUCAAAAGGACAAAAAAACAAGUCUGCAUCUGAGCCUGAAGGCCAGGAGGCAUCGGUAGAGUUUUCACUCAAAGAUCUGUAUGCCAUCCAGGAGAUUCAAGCACAAGAAGACCUCUUUAAAUUAAUUGUCAAUUCUCUUUGUCCAGCCAUCUAUGGGCAUUUGCUUGUUAAGGCAGGAUUAAUCUUGGCUUUAUUUGGUGGCUGUCAUAAAUAUGUGGAUGAUAAGAACCGAAUCCCUAUAAGAGGAGACCCACACAUGCUAGUAGUAGGAGAUCCUGGACUUGGCAAAAGUCAAAUGCUACAGGCAGCAUGUAACGUUGCCCCACGUGGUAUCUACGUCUGCGGAAACACAACUACCACCUCAGGCCUGACUGUCUCUCUGUCCAGGGACAGUGGUUCUGGAGACUAUGCACUAGAAGCUGGAGCUUUAGUUUUAGGAGAUCAAGGUGUCUGCUGUAUCGAUGAAUUUGAUAAAAUGGGAAAUCAGCACCAGGCCUUGUUGGAGGCUAUGGAGCAGCAAAGCAUAAGUUUGGCCAAAGCUGGGAUUGUCUGUACCCUUCCAGCUCGCACCUCCAUCAUUGCAGCAGCAAACCCAGUGGGAGGACAUUACAACAAGGCUAAGACAGUAUCUGAAAACCUGAAAAUGGGCAGUGCUCUGCUAUCCAGAUUUGAUCUGGUCUUUAUUCUUUUGGACAUUCCCAAUGAGGACCAUGACCACAUGCUGUCAGAACAUGUCAUGGCAAUGCGUGGAGGAAGGAAAGACGUGAUUAGUGGUUUGACAGCCACCAGGGCCUGCAUACAAGAGUCCAACAUAUCCAUUCUAGAGAUUUCCUCGAACAAGCCUCUAUCAGAGAGAUUAAAGGUUCUGCUUGGGGAGACUUUGGACCCAAUUCCUCACCAGCUGCUGCGUAAAUAUGUAGGCUAUGCUCGGCAUUAUGUGCACCCCAGUCUCUCAGUCGAAGCUGCUCAGGUCCUGCAAGAAUUCUACCUAGAACUGCGCAAGCAGAACCAAUCAGCUGACAGCACGCCAAUCACAACUCGCCAGCUGGAGUCCCUCAUCCGCCUCACAGAGGCAAGAGCACGUCUUGAGCUUCGAGAAAAAGCUACUCAAAGUGAUGCAGAGGAUGUGGUGGAGAUCAUGAAACACAGUUUGACAGAUACCUACUCGGACGAAUUUGGACGACUUGAUUUUGACCGAUCUCAGCUUGGGUCUGGGAUGAGCAACAGAUCAAAAGUCAAGAAGUUUGCGGCUUUGAACCAAAUUGCUGAGCGCACCCAUAAAACCUUGUUUGAAUUUCAGGACCUACGACAGCUGGCUAAAGACCUCCAAGUUCAAGUUGUUGAUUUUGAAGGCUUUAUCAGCGCCCUCAAUGAACAAGGCUACCUGCUGAAAAAAGGACACAGAACAUACCAGCUGCAAACUGUCUGAAUUAAAACUUCUCACAAAAUAUUUGAUGUUUUUAUCCAUGCUUGUUCUCUGGAGCUAUGUUGUUUGUUACAAGUUACAGAUACAUAUUUAUAUAAACAUUUAAGAAAUUUAAGAAUUCAUUGUAUAUUUUUAUAUUCAUUAUUUAUGUAUUUACAUGCAAUUGCUCCUUUUGUAAGGUACACCUAACUUGUACCAACCCUCCUUGACCUUUUUAUUAGAUACAUGCAUCAUAUAGGUGCAUGAUUAUUGACAUGCAGCCCAUCUGUUCUGUAAUGAGAACCAUCCUAGAGUAAUGCUGAAGUGAAACUAAGUAAGAAAUAUCCAUCCAACAGUGGUGGAGCAGGUAUUACAACACUGAUUAAAAGUGAAAAGUGAACUAUCAUCUCUGGCUGUACACCUGGCUGUAUUAGUUGUGUCUAAUAAAGUUGCCAUUAAAAAUAUUUUUAUAAAUCCA